CUGUUAGAUAAAUUGUAUAUAUAUGUUAUCAUGCGUUCCCUAAUGAGUACUUAUUAAUAAGUUAUUGCGCAGAAUGCUUGCUGUUUCGCCUUGCAGACGUCCACCAGUCCACAACAAGUCAUACGAUGCUGUCUGGGGCUUCCUGACCUUCUACACCUCUGGGAAUCCAAGAAAGUUGCUGAUAGCUCAAUCUACUCUGUUGAUGUCUGCACAUGGCAUUCUGUCCUUGCACUCCUUUCCCAUGGCGUCCUGUCUGUAACUACUUGUUUAUGUCCUUGCGCUCCUUUAUUUUCUCAUGACGUCUUGUGAGCACUUGUUUUACAUAGCAUACAUAGCAUUUUGUCCUUGCGCUCUUUUUAUUUCUCAUGAGACUAGGCCAUGCUUUCCCCCCCACCUGUUAGGGGCUAGUCUCACAUUGUAGGCAGGGCAUCCCAAAAUAAAAAGAGCGAGGGGUGUGACAGAUCUUUAGUGUAUUUUGGACUGCUGUAAGUCUGGUUGCACUCCUCGCGAGAAAAGACUCAACAUUCUGCCUCACUGGUUUUGUCUGCUGAUCCUUUUGCUGAUUUUGAACCUGACAGAUUUUUGGGGGCUCGUCCGGGAUCUCAAUAGACCUACUUCGGGUUCCGGCUGACUUUUCGACGCAGGGCAAGUCCUUGGCCAAGGCAUAUAAAGGAAACCCUUUUCACGGGGCUGACUCGAUCAGUCAGCUGGACGCCGGAGUGGUUGACGAGAUCGUCCGAGGGAAAGGCCCAGCGGACUGAAGACCCCAAAGUGGUACCGGGAGACUGGGUUUUGAUCAGGAGUAUCAAGAGGAGGAAUUGGCAUUCACCCAAGUGGGAAGGUCCCUUUUUGGUACUACUCACGACACCUAAUGCUUUAAAAAUAGCCGAACGCAACACGUGGAUUCAUUUAACUCAUUGUAAAAAAGUGAUCUCCGCAGACCCAACCUAAGUACGGAAGGUGAGCAAAGUCUGGUAAUAGUGCCUGAUCCUGGUGCCAAGAUCCAGGGUUGACACGAAAGCUAGCAGAAGCCGAUUUCCGAGACACCAACCCGAAGCUCAGGGUGUUGACUCUGGGGAGAUCCAAAACAUGAGCAUUAGAGAGUCAUUUGGUGAGUGCUUUAAUCGGGCUGUAGCCUGCGCGAAGUCUACCAUGUGCUUUUGGUUGUUUUUGCUGGUUUGUGUUACCAUUAUAUUUUUUUCAGGGGUUACUUUAUCUGGAGGGAUAGAGUACCAUGAGCCUCGCACAUUAUUCUCUCAGGCGACUGCUAACGCUAAUUCUAGUCGAUGUGGCUCAUGGGGAGAACUUGCUAGACAUAAGCGCGACACUAAAUCCCCUUUUGGUCAUGUUGUUUGUGUUCCAGGAGCCGUCCGUGUUCCAACCUGUGUACCAUGGCUUUUGUCUUGGGCUUAUAAUAACUCAUUAAUGUUUACUGUGGCUCCUAACACAUCUUCUUCUAUUAUUUUACCUUUGAAAAGUUUGAAAGGGUUUCGUAAUGGUCGCCCCACUACUGGAGAUAGAUGGCUCGGGUAUUGGUGGUAUUUAACUGGCCACCCGGUUAACACCGGCUGGGGCACCCUUGUCACCACGCAAAUGCGAGGGUAUUGGCCCUCUGGUUCCAGUGACGAGGCUGUGUUCUUUGCUAAACGAGUGACUUUGAUAAAUCGGGGCACAAGCCUCCUUUUGACUCUUACACUCCCUGACGGUCAUAUUCGUCCUCCAAAUGCCACCUUGUUUAACACUUCUUGUUGGGGUUUUCAACUGUGGGCUUGGUCCUCUGGAACCGAUCCUCGCUUUCCUAUUGCUAUUUGCCUUAAUAGAACAAUGUCGGUCGCAGACCGUCCCGUUACAAAUAAAUACACCUUGUCAGCGGGAGCAAAAAUCACAAGUACGCUCCUCACUGAUGUAGACAGCUAUUUUGUGGCCUCCACAGGGAUAAGCGGUCAUACUAACAACUGGCUUCUUAUGGCUGAGCAGGCCGCAAAGAUGGCUGGCGCUAGUUGCAUUGCAUGCAUGGGUCCCAGACCUCUUUUGAAAAUCAUACCUGCAAAUAUAGGCCCUAAGUGUGCUGUCGUUUUGAUGUUAGACUCGUCCAUUUCACCCACUCACGAUUGUUUUAGAUGGGAUACGGUUUACCCUGUUGCCCCUAUGACAAAGCAUAAACCCCUUUUUUCGUCUGUUGUAGCUAAGGGUAAUUUUACAUGCAUUAGAUUACCUGGUACCGGUGUGAUGCUCGGCGCCCUACCUGCUCCGUGGUGUGGGUCCGUGACCAAGGUCACGGCCCCUUUUUUGCCCAUUGGUGUUCCUAGGGGAGUGCCGGAUGAGUAUAAGCUGGUGAAUCAGAUAGCAGCUGGUUUUGAAUCCGCCCUGUGUUGGUGGUGUACUCUUAACAAAAAUGUUGACAGGAUUAACUACGUCCAUUACAACGUGCAGAGGCUUGGAAACUGGACCGAGGCGGGUUUCAAGGCGGUCCACUCCCAACUGGCCGCUACUUCCCUCAUGGCUUUCCAGAAUCGAAUGGCCCUUGACAUGCUACUCUCAAGAGAGGGCGGUGUCUGCGCCAUGUUCGGUGAGCAAUGUUGCACUUUUAUUCCAAAUAACACUGCGGCCGACGGAAGCCUGUCCCAGGCCCUUGAGGGCCUGCGGGCCUUGAACGGGAAGAUGAAGGAGCACAGUGGAGUGAACACGGAGGUUUGGGCCAACUGGUUGAACGUGUUCGGAAAGUACCGCACCCUGGUUUCCUCUGCCCUGGUCUCCGUUGCCGUUUUCUCUGCCAUUUUGACCUUGUGUGGAUGUUGUUGCAUCCCUUGUCUCCGAUCCCUAUUUAACAGGCUAAUUACGGCUGCUAUCUCUCCACCAGCUGAGACUUUCCCGUUGCUCCUAAGGGAUGACCUUUCGGUCGACGGGGGUUCCUUCUCUAUUGACGACCCGGUCAGCGAAUCUGUUGUGGUAAACUUGUCCGAUUUGUUUUCUGACCCGGGCUUUGCCGAUUGUGACUCAGUUUCCUCCCGUGUGUAAGUUGGUUCCUGCGAAAUGUGAUCCCUGUGGCUGAAAAUCUUUUUGAAGUGGCCAUAUGGGUGAUGGGUUGGUCUCCGGGGACUUAUGAUAAACAGGGGGGAAUUGUUAGAUAAAUUGUAUAUAUAUGUUAUCAUGCGUUCCCUAAUGAGUACUUAUUAAUAAGUUAUUGCGCAGAAUGCUUGCUGUUUCGCCUUGCAGACGUCCACCAGUCCACAACAAGUCAUACGAUGCUGUCUGGGGCUUCCUGACCUUCUACACCUCUGGGAAUCCAAGAAAGUUGCUGAUAGCUCAAUCUACUCUGUUGAUGUCUGCACAUGGCAUUCUGUCCUUGCACUCCUUUCCCAUGGCGUCCUGUCUGUAACUACUUGUUUAUGUCCUUGCGCUCCUUUAUUUUCUCAUGACGUCUUGUGAGCACUUGUUUUACAUAGCAUACAUAGCAUUUUGUCCUUGCGCUCUUUUUAUUUCUCAUGAGACUAGGCCAUGCUUUCCCCCCCACCUGUUAGGGGCUAGUCUCACAUUGUAGGCAGGGCAUCCCAAAAUAAAAAGAGCGAGGGGUGUGACAGAUCUUUAGUGUAUUUUGGACUGCUGUAAGUCUGGUUGCACUCCUCGCGAGAAAAGACUCAACA